AUGGAGCAAAUCAAUGGCUAUAUGAGGCAGAUCAGGGAUUUUCUUGAUGAGGAUGGCCCAGGUGCCCUCGGGAUCUACGGAAUGGGUGGUAUCGGCAAGACUACGCUCCUCUGGAGGCUCAACAACAAUUUUCAUGAUAUUGGAGCAGCUUGAAGCUUUGACUGUGUUAUCUUUGUCACCGUGGCCGCCGAUCCCAACGUUCUCAAGGUCCAGGAGAAGAUUAGAGAGCGGCUGGAUUUGGAUCCACCGUCUUCAAAAGCUCCAUCCUCACAGACCGAAGAAGAAAAAUGGGUAAAGUAAUCUUCCAAUUCUUGUGCGAAAAGAUAUUUUUUACUAUUGUUGGAUGACGUGUGGAAUAGAUUGAAUCUGGAGACUUUGGGAGUUCCUAUCCCUUGCGCCCAGAACAAGUGCAAGAUCAUGUUGACGAGCCGAUUAAAAAAUAUGAGUGAUAUAAGGGGGACGACCACAAGAUUUUAGGAGGUGACAACCUUGAACGACUCACAGGCGUGGAUUCUCUUCCAAAACAAGGUAGGUAGAAAUUUAGAUCAUGAUUCUUCUGCAGUCUAUCAACAUGCUAAGGCUAUUGUGAGGAAAUGUGGUGGCCUCCCACUUGCCCUCGAAAUCUUGGAUCGUACUAUGGCAGAUGCUAGGUCAAUUGGAGAUUGGAGGGAUGCUGCAAGGGACCUACGUCAGUCUCCACAUGGUGGUUGAAGGUAUCGAAAAAGAGGUCUUGUCUUUGUUGAGGUUCAACUUUUAUAGAUUAACAGAUGAUUGCACAAGACAAUGUUUCCUUUAUUGUUGCUUGUUCAAGGAAGAUGAUGAAAUUAAAAGAAAUAAAUUGAUUCUCUAUUGGAUAGGAGAAGGACUCAUUGAGCAAUCUUCACCUCACAAGGGACGUAAAAUCAUAAAUAAUCUCAUUUCAGCUAGCUUGUUACAAAGGGGGUAUUCAGACGAUCUCGUGAAGAUGCAUGAUGUGGUGCGCGACAUGUGUUUGUGGCUCAGUAAAGGUGAUUUUGUGGAGUUUCUUAUGUGACCAAGGAAUAAGAUUGACAACAUUAUAAAUUUAGACAGAUGGCAAAAUGUUAAAAGAGUUCAAUGUAUGGAGUGGAUCAGAACUUAAGUCUCUUGAAUGUUUUAUGGUGCUGUCCAAUAUUGUAAAUAUUAUUUUUUCAUAAAAUGCCUCUCAGCACAACUUUAUAUUCAAUUCCAAAAAGGUUUUUUCAAAGGACACCAUCUCUUCAUGUCUUACAAUUGCAAUGCUUUAUUUCAGAGAAUACUUUAAAGGAUAUUGCUUCACUACUGAAAUUACGAUAUUUAGAUCUUUUAGGAAUACAAGUAGAUGUUAGUGAUAAUUUUCAAUAUUUGAAUGUCUUAUAGACUAAAGUCAUUGGCCUUCUUGGUAAACAUCAUGAGUUAUAUUAUUUAAAUUUGUCAUAAAUGAAGUACAGUAUCUUCCAAACAACAUCAUGUCACUUAUUAGAUUACAAUUUCUUUACUUAUCAUUGACAAACUUACAACACCUUUUAGGUUCAAUUGGAUCUCUCAUAAAAUUGAAAGAAUUUAAUGUGUCGUCAAAUAAAUUACAAAGUCUUUCAAAUACUAUUGGAUCACUUGUGUAGUUGAAAAAACUUUAUUUACAACAUAUAGAACUAGAGUGCCUUCUAAAUUUAAUUGGUUCCCUUGUGAAAUUGAAACGAUUGAAUGUGUCACAUACAAAAUUAUAAAAGCUUCCAAACACUAUUCGAUUUCUUAUGGAGUUAGAAAACUUAAUUUAUUUAGUACAGAACUAGAUUGUCUAUCAAAUCAAUUGGUUUUCUUGUGAGAUUGAAAUAAUUGAAUGUGACAAAUACAAAAUUAUGAAGUCUUUCGAGCACAAUUAAAUCACUUGUGAAGUUAGAAAAAAAUUAUAUACAACAUACAUAAUUAGAUUAUCUUCCAGAUUCAAUUAGUUUCUUUGUGAAAUUAAAAGAAUUAGAUCUAUCAUUUACAAAAUUACAAAGUCUUCCAAACACCAUCAGAUCACUUGUGGAGUUAGAAAAUCUUGAUUUAUUUAGUACAAAACUAGAUUAUCUUUUAGAUUCACUUGGUUCCUUUGUAAAAUUAAAAUAGUUGAAUGUGUCAUUUACAAAAUUAUAAAGGCUUCCAAACACCAUUAAAUCACUUUUGGAGUUACAAAUACUUGAUUUAUCUAGUACAAAAUUAGAUUGUCUAUCAGAUUCAAUUGGUUCCCUUGUAUAAUUGAAAUAGUUGAAUGUAUCAAAUAUGAAAUUACAAAGUCUUUCAAACAUUAUCAUAUCACUUGUAGAGUUGGAAAAUAUUACUUAUUUGGUACAGAACUAGAUUAUCUUUCAAAUUCAAUUAGUGUUCUUGUGAAAUUAAAAUAGUUGAAUAUGUUAUCUACAAAAUUACAAAGUCUUCUAAAUAUCAUUGGAUCACUUUUGGAGUUAUAAAUACUUGAUUUAUCAAAUACAAAAUUAAAUUAUUUAUUAUAUCUAAUUGGUGAUCUUGUGAAAUUAAAACAAUUGAAUGUGUCAAAUAUAAAAUUAUAAAGUCUUUUAAAUACCAUGGAUUACUUGUAGAGUUAGAAAAACUUCUGUUAGAUCACUUUUGGAGUUACAAAUAUUUGAUUUAUCUUAUACAAAAUUAAAUCAUCUAUCAUAUUCAAUUGGUUUUCUUGUGAAAUUGAAAUAUUUGAAUAUGUCAGAUAUAAAAUUACAAAGUCUUCCAAGCACUAUCAAAUUACUUGCGAAGUUAGAAAAACUUCAUUUAGGUUAUACAAACUUGAACUACUUCCUAGAUUCAAUCAAAUCUCUUGUGAAAUUAAAAUAAUUAAAUCUAUCAUAUACAGAAUUACAAAGUUUUCUAAGUGCUAUUGGAUGACUUGAGUUACAAAAACUUGAUUUAUCAAGUACAAAAUUAGAUUGUCUUCCAAUUUUUAUCAACUAUCUUGUGAAAUUGAAAGAAUUAAACUUGUCAUUUACAAAAUUACAAUGUCUUCCAAGCACUAUUAGAUCGCUUAUGGAGUUAGAAAAACUUUAUAAAGUUAGAUUAACUAUGUUUGGUACAAAGUUAAUUAUAAAAAUUUGUAUGGUACAAAGUUAUAUUACUUUUCAAAUUCAAUUAGCUUCUACUUUGAAAUUGAAAUAAUUAACUAUGUUUGGAACAAAAUUACAAGGUAUUUUAAAUACUAUUACAUCACUUUCGAAUCUACAAAAAACUUGAUUUAUCAAGUAGAUAACUAAAUUAUCUUUUAGAUUUUAUUAUUAUUUUUUGAAAUUGGAAGGAUUGAAUUUGUCUUUGAUUUAUCAAGUAUAUUAUCUAUUUUGUUGUGAAAUUGAGAGAAUUAGAUCUCACAUGUAA